AUGGCGGAGCAGGAAGAAGAGGAAGAAUUCGCCAUGAGAACCGCAUCUGGAGAAACCAACGCAGGGAGGAAGAACAUGAUGAACCGGCUCCUAAGCACCUUUGCAUGUCGACCCGGAACCGUCACACCACUACACACCACCAUCCCCAACCCAAACGACACAAACACACCCACCACACCCACCACACCCACCGUACCCACAACCCCAAAGAAAUACACCAUAGCCUACCUCUCCCACAAAAUAGGCCGAACCCAAAAAAGACAAGAAGAAGCAAAGCUCCGAGAACGCCUCAUGGCCCUCCGCCUAGCCGAACCAUCUGCGCCGCAAACCCACCACAUCGAAGACAUCAACAACCCCACAGAAAUCCCCGUACUCAUCCCCAAACCCAAAGCGAAGAGGAGAAAAGACAGCACACAGCCCAACCCACCUUCUCUUGUCCCAAACCUAGAAAGCCGGACGCAGAGUGUUAUUGGUCCGCCCGUUGGUCUUUCGCAGAUGAUUCAGAGGGCGCCGGGGAGUGUUAGGGUGGUUACGCCUUUGCCUGUUUCUGUAACUGUGUCGGAUGUAGAGGUUGAGGUUGAAGGGGUUGAGGAGAGCUCGAGUCUCUCCGACCGAUUGCGGCAAACGCAACUUGAAGAUUUACCUCUGCAACAGGAUGCAGCAAGGGAGAUACGGGAUUUGAUGAUGGCGCUUGAACGGGAUCAAAACCAUCUUAUCACCAAGCCUACGCCGCAUCCGCAUAGCGGCACAGCACCCCACGAUCCCAACACGAACGCACCAGCUAGCCAGAAAGCAGAUGAAUUACCCGCUGGUUUCUCGACUUCAUCACCCCAGGCCAGUGUUUCCCCCCACGAAACUCUUGAACGACACUUCCGCACACAACGCCAAGUCAAUGAGCGUUUCAUCCGUCCCAUUCGUGCGAUAACUUCGCAGUCGAGUAGUCGGACGCUGCCGAGGAGCUAUCGGGUACCGGAGGGGCAUGGUGGAGGGAGGGGUGUGCUGAGGGUUACUAACGCGGUUGUGCAGGGAGAGGAUAUUGGAGGGGUUGGAGAGGGAGAGGGAGAGAGAAAUGAGGGAGGUGAGGCGGAGGAAGAAGGUGUUAAUGAUGCCGGUAAUGGCGGUAGCGGUGCGAGUAGUACCGCUGAGAAUCAGCAAGCUGAUGCGGGGGAGUUGGAGACGGGUGCAGAAGAGAAGGGGGAGAAUUUGCUUCAAAACAACAACAACGGUGAUGAGGAUUGUGGCAAGGAUAUCCCAGAGGCUGGAUGA